AUGUGGUAUGCCAAAGAAUACCAUCCAAUCCAAGUAGGAUCGAUUGAUGGCACAGACAAGAUUCCCCAUGAUGCUGCAGUUGAAAGAGCUCAGCAAGUGAAAUACCGACCACCUAAGCUUUCAACCGACCCAACCAAAACUAUAUUUGUUGGACGACUUAACUUUGACACAACGGAAGAUACACUAAACCAACACUUUGGUCAGAUUGGGUCAAUCGAGUCUUUACGUUUGAUUCGUAAUCAAGUAACGGGUGCAUCUGAGGGUUAUGCCUUUAUAACCUACGAUACCACGGAGGCAGCCAAGGAAGCUUAUCAAACGGCUCAUCAGACAAUAAUAGAUAACCAUGUUAUUUUGAUUGACUAUGAAAGAGGGCGUAUAAUGGAAGGUUGGGUACCUCGCCGACUUGGAGGUGGGUUUGGUGGUAAAAAAGAGAGCGGCCAGCUUCGUUUUGGCGCUAGAGAUAGACCAUUUCGACGCCCAAUGUAG